AUGAUAACCAGACUUUUGAGAAGAAGCAUAGGCCUCACAAAAGUCCCUCAUGCGUGGUUUGAGCCAGAUCACCCUCUUAUAAAGUCUGAUAAUGAUUAUAACGACUUUACAAAGCAUUUCGAAAAAUUAGCGAAAAAAGAAAGAGAAAGAGGAAAAGGAAAAGAAGACGACUCAAAUGCAAAUUUGAGCUAUAUGGAGCACAAUGCCAGUUCUGAAAGGAUGUAUGAAGUCAAAAGAGAAGACUUCAUGAAGAAUCAAGAACUAAUUGCCAUGUACUUGAAGCGCUAUGCCAAUUUGAAUCCUGAAUUAAUUAUUCAAGAUGCUGAGGAAAUUGAAGCAAUCAAAUUCGACACAAGGCUUCAGCAAUUAGAACCUUUCGAUACAAAUUACCUUUAUCACGAAAUGGAAAAGCUAGAAGAAGCUGAUGCAAGGUACAUCUUUUCACGAUUCAGCUUGCCCGGCUUCAAAAGACUAUUAGAUGUAGUUUUAACAAAAGCGCCUUUAUUUGGGAUCAUGGUCCCAAUGGCUGAAUAUGAUAAAUUGGCAAAAAUCAAUGUUGAAGUAGCAACUAAGAUCUACUCGUUUAACUAUGGAGAUGGUAUCACUUUUGACGAUAAAGAAAGAUCUCUAUAUAGAAGCAUGCUUCUGCAACAAUCAGCAACACAAGAUUGGCUAGAUAGCAGACCUUAUCCUAUGAUCAAUGAAGCUGAAAAUAAUUUUGUGACAGGGAUGAUCAACUGGCCUGGAACAGAAGACCAGGAAUAUACCACUCUUUAUCGUCCCUAUUAUAGAGACUUCCACAUUACAGAUGACACAUAUGAUUUUAAUGAAAAAACACCUUUUUUAGGAAGGAUCGCUCGAUCAUUAUGGCUAAGAACAAUAUACUAGUAAGCUUUAUUCAGUAACCCAACUAAAGAAGGAAGUAUAUAUGGCCAUAAAAUUAUUGAAAGGCUUAUAAAAUACUUGAGCUGUCCUGAGUUCAAAUAUGGUAAUUUCUAUUCAGCUUUUGACCUGCCUGGAAGCUUUCUAUCAAGAAACAACAUUUUUUAUAUCCACAUUUGACUUGUAAACGAAAGGCUAAACAAUAUUUGCAAUGGAAUCGUCGAAGAUUUAUCCCAUAUCUCAGUUUUCAAACAAAUCAUCUCUUCUCAAGCCAGGAAAAGAGUAAGAUCUGCUAAAACAUUAAUCCGAAUGAUUCAAUCAAUGAUCUCAACAUUCGAAAAAGUGGCCAAAAUAGAGACAAAGAAAAACAUAGGCAGAGUAGCAAUUGCUGACCAAAAUAAAAAGAGGAUCAAUAAUCUAAGUGAAAAAUUCAUGGAGCAAGUGACAAGAUUGUUUCAUGAUCACUUUGUCAUCAAUCAAAAAUCGGUGGAUGGACUAGAAGAAUUAAUGCAAAAGACCUUUUUCCCUGGCUCUCCUAAGAGCAUAAAUAAGCCCUUUGUUCAUCAAAUUGGUGAGUAUGUAAUUAAGCAUAGGGAAUAUUUAAGCACAUUAUCGAUAAAUGAUAUCUGCCUUUGCAAUAUCGAUUGGAAUAUUGAUAGAAUUGAUAAGGAAGCAGUGAGAAAGAAAAUAGAAUUAUUAAAGCCUGAAGAGGCAACAAUCAAAGAGACAGAGUUUAAUAAGGAAGAGCUUGGAAUUAUCCAUAAUUUAGAAGAGUUUUUGCCAGAGCCAAAGAAAAGAAGUGAAGAGCCAGAUAUCAAGCCGAAAAGAAAAUUCGAUGAUAAAUACAGGCCUAUUAAGUCAUAA